AAGAUUCUCGUAGAAAAGGAGAAGAAGGGGAAGAUUGUUGAGGUGGAGGAUGAGGUAGAUUGAGAAUCUUAUGGGGUGAAGAAGUAGUCUACUGUCAGAGAAAGGUAUAGGCUCAGUCCAUGCACGAGUAUAUUGAUUAUCAAGCUAUGAAGGAAUACAGUCAUUGAGCUAUAGUAGGUGUCUGGAAAGAGAAACCUGUAUUUGAGUAUUGAACACAGAGGAGAAUGGAAUCUUAGCAGUUCGAGUGAAUCUUGGCAGUAUGAAUGGAAUCUUGGCACUCUAUGUUCAUCACUUUUCAACCCUUCAUCACGCCAACACUUGCAUACCUGGGUAAUUUUAGCAACUUGGCAAGUAAAAUAGAAUCUUGGCAGCCCGAUUUUGAAGAACGCCAAGAUUCCGUUGGUGUAUGUCUUUAUCACUUUCCAACACUCGAUUUCACCCCUCACUUCUACCUCUGCUACACAUCUCGGUCUAUAUCGAGCUAUAACUCAAGGCUUGCAAUUAUGAAGGUGUGUCUAAAGUGGAGUGGUCUGGAGCACGCUGGACUUCAGUCGCUCUCCUCCUGGGCGCCUUUCAGUCGCCCAGAGUCGCUGCUUUCAUGCUUUAAUUUGUGGGAUACGAGAGGUAAGCAACAUAAGGAAAAAGAGAUACAAGUAAGGCGAUUGCUUUCAAUCUACACACUAGAGUUGAAGCCUACCUGUGAUCCCAUUAGAACUAGGGAUAGUCCAUUUUCAAUCAACAUCACGUGAUCCAGCCUGAUCCAUUGCCUUCUUUGCCUUCUUGCCUGUCUGCCUUGGGACAGAGGGGCGUCAGAAGGGCUAGUUCGCCCGGGCGCAUGCAGGCUAAAGCUGCCGUCUCACUCGCGGGCUUGAUUCGUUGAGGAAGUCGUGCGGAUGGCCAACUCACGCCCGACAUGCAGCAGUCCUCCAGCGCCACG